GACACACACCACCGGAGCUAGCACGAUCCAGAUAGGUAGAGUAAUGAUGGUAGCAAUUAUGAAAGAAACAAAGAGUAAGGGAUUCAACGCCAACAAGGAAAUAAUUGUGCUUGAAGCCAAUAUCACGAUUUCGCAUACUUCGGAGAGAAUCUCGCGAAGAGUUGAAGGGAGUGGGUUGGUGGUUGACAGGUUCGAGGAGAAAGUUACGCUGGUAAAAUUGAUAUCGGUAGUGGAUGUACGAGUGAAAGUAAGAUCGGUGGGAGACGAUGGAGAUGACGACGCGAAGGAGGAUGAACAAGACCUGAUGGUGUCUCCGUCCUCGUGA